AUGGGAGGUCAACUCAGGACUAUCUACAUGGGAGAUUCAAUCUUCGACGUGGGCACAAACAAAUAUGUGAAGAAUUCAGUUUCGCACUGUGAUUUUGUGCCAUAUGGGGAGACGAGGUUUAGAAAGCCAUCCGGGAGGUGUAGCGAUGGGUUUAUAAUUCCAGAUCUGAUAAACAAGGCGAUAGGUUUGCCCUUUUCAAGACCAUUCCUGGGCUUGAAAGCUGGGAGUCAACUUCCACCAAGCAUUAAUUUUGCGUCAGACGGCAGUGGCUUACUCGACUCUACUCACUCGGACUGGGGCGUUGUGUCGUUUAACGAGCAGCUAAAGCAGCUCGUGCAGCUCUCCAAGAAAAAUCUCAAUCUCAAUGAUUUUGUGGUUGUGAUAUCUUCUGCUGGGAAUGAUAUUGCAGCAAAUCUUCAAAACAUUGCUGAUAUUGACUUGAAAGCAAUGUUAAUGUCAUUAGAGAAAGGAUUGGAACAGCUAUACAAGUAUGGAUUUCGAAAGAUCGUCUACUCAAGUGUCGGGGCACUAGGGUGUUCACCUAUUGUGACCUCUGGAGGAAAAUGUGUGGGCGAGAUUAACAAUCUGGUGGAAGAAUUCAAUGUGCAAGCUCGGGAGAUUGUUUUAGGGGUGGCAAAGAGAUUUCCAGGGAUGAAAGGAACAUUUGUGGAUGGCUUUGAUCAAAUCAUACGUGGAGAACCCAAAGAGAAUACAUUGAGUGGGCUGUGCAAGAAUCCAAGCGAUUACGUCUUUUGGGAUAUAAUACACCCAACUGAACACACGUAUACGCUCUUAGCCAAGGAAUUCAUAAAGAAAAUCAUAGAAGUGUUAAUUUGGGAGGCUACUCUUUGUUGUUUGAAUCGAAUCGUACUUGCUAUUUCCCCAGUCCGACUUCACCAAUCGAUCAACUAUACAACGCCACUUGCCAGGCUACUUGCUGCGAUGAUUCUCCACGGGCUCCCUCCGCGUCGCCAUUGCCGUCAGCGACAUAGACUCCCUCAAUAUCGGUUUGCCAAAAGAGCCGAGGUGUACAUGACAGAGAACUGGCAACUCUUACGAGGAAAGAUGGAUCUGAAGUUCGAUCCAGCCUCCAAGACGAGCGACCUCCUGCCGUGA